AUGCUUGGAUUUGUGAAUUUCCGUCUUUAUCAAAUGAUUGGACUUUAUUAUCCACCUCAAGUACAGACAGGACAAAAUAUGGUCAAUGCAGAUGACUCCGAUGACGAAGAACGUGUGGAGAAGAUUUAUAGCUUGGCGCGGCCUUUGGCUAAAAGAACAGGUGCCGAGAGCGGAAAGGAUGAAGAGGAGGCUGUGGAGAUGUUUGGAGAUGAUGACAAUGCCUUGGCCGAGAAGUUUAAGAAUCAAACUUAUAAAGUAAAUAAUGCCGAGGAAAUUCUUCAACGAACUAGUUUUUUCCUCAAUAGAGAAACUCCUAAGGAAGCAUUGACAUUGAUAAUUCGUAAUUGUGGAGGUGUGGUUGGAUGGAGUGGAGGUCCCACUAAUUUGGAAGAAUCAAACCCAUCUAUCAAAACCCCCCCCAUUCCCAAUUGGUGGACCGACCAUGUAAGGUACAUCCAACCACAGUGGGUGUUCGACUGCUUGAAUGCUCGACGAAAAUUGCCUACGGAGAAGUAUAUGGUAGGUGUUCAGCUACCUCCACACUUUUCACCUUUCACAAAAGACAAGCCUGGAGAUUAUGUGCCUAUGGAAAGACUAGAGGAGCUUGAGAAGCAUCGGGCAAGACAUCUCUGCUCUUGUUGCGAGUGA